CGUGAUCACAACAGCUUAUUAGUUAUUACUGCUUCUGUUUCACGUCACUCGAUCUUCUCUCUUUAAAUAUCAUCCACAACUACCAACUGGAUUUUCAUUAAACUUAACACCCCAACUAUAUAUACAUAAUACAUCUAUCCAUUUCUAUUUAUUCUCUAUAUAUCCAUCCACUAUUACUUCUACUUCUACUUCUACUUGUUCUUCUUCUUAAUUAUCUUUCUUUCUUUGGUUAAUUACGUACGUAAGUUGUCGUGAUGGGUGAUAAUAAUAACUUACCACCAGGUUUUCGAUUCUGUCCAACCGAUGAAGAACUUGUUGUUCAUUUCCUACGUCGCAAAGACGAUCUCUUACCCUACCACCCUGAUAUUAUUCCUGAUCUUGAUGUCUACCCUUACAAUCCUUGGGAUUUACAAGGAAAAGCAUUAUCAGAAGGAAACAAAUGGUAUUAUUAUAGUAGAAAGAUGCAAAAUCGGGUGAGUGAUAGUGGAUAUUGGAAGCAAAUGGGAAUGGAUGAGCCAAUUAUGUCAUCAAGUUGUAGAAAAAUAGUUGGUAUCAAGAAAUAUUACGUAUUCCAUAUUGGUGACCCGUCUAAUGAUGUUUGGACCAGUUGGAUUAUGCAUGAGUAUAGACUGCCUGAUUCUGGGUCUUCCAGUAAAUCUACUUCAAGAAAGAGAGGAAACCCUAAGCUAGAUUAUAGUAAACGUGUUAUAUGUAAGGUGUUUGAGCAAAGAAAUGAUGAUGAUGACGGUGAUAAUGAUACCGAGCUUUCGUGUUUGGAUGAAGUUUUCUUAUCAAUGGAUGAUCUUGAUGAAAUUAGCUUGCCAAAUUAAGUGUAAUUACAAAACAACUUUGUAUUAAUAUAUUUCUAGGUCACUAAAUAUAUAUGAUAUGAUGAAAAUUAGUUAUAGUUGACAAAAAUGUACAAGCAAAAUACGACAACCACCAACAUAUGUAGUUGUUCAUCUAAUGAUCAUAUGUCAUAUGGGAAGUCUUCAAGAAAAUCCAACAUUUUCCUCUUUUGAAGAAUUAUCAACUUACAAUUUUUUA